AUGCCAGAUUUCAGGGCGCACCGCGCCCCCGCACUUCAUCCCCCCACAGGAACAGGAUAUAACGUCCCGAGAGCUACGCCUUUCCCGCCAUUGACACCCCUCAGCGAUAUUCCUAGACCGCAAUAUACGAAUAAUCCUCGUCUUGAUUGUGGUAUUGAUCGAAGUCUCAUUUUUGGGCAGCCUGGAACGAUGUAUUUGGACCAGCGUGUAGCUGCGCCUACGGCUGAUGCGCCUCCAUUCCAUGAAACCAAUACCCUCCAUACUGUUUUCACUUCCCAAAACCACUCUGUCCGAACAGAGAUUGGAGCCAAAAUUCACAAAGGCUUCUUUCAGGUCGACGAUAAGUGGACCUGCUACCGGCGGAACUAUUUCUCAAUCUCAUGUUCGUUUUCCUUUCAGCAGGGAGCCCAGGGUCCAUUCUUCCUGAAAUUUGACAACCGCAGCGAAAGAAUUCAACAAUUCUCCAUGUCAAUAUCAGCGAUUGUGAAUGAACAACAUAACGAAGUCCGUGAGCUUGUGCAGCACACGCCGAAACGCGACAAACAAUCAGAGAGGCCACCACAAAGGGUAGUAUUACAGCCCACUCAGAAUCCAGGAAUGGUGCCCAGUCUGGGAUCAACAUCAACGAGUGCUCAGCACGGAUUUCCUCUGAUGUCUCAGUCCGCUGGGUUAGGUAUGGAGUAUGGUUCAACGUACGGCGGUGCUCCGCAGCAGCCGCAACCUCCGACACAGCACACCUUCGAACGCAUCCAAUUCCAGAAAGCGACUGCAAACAAUGGGAAGCGGCGCGCACAGCAGCAGUAUUACAACUUGGUGGUUGAUCUUUACGCCGAAAUAUCUAAUCAACUUGGCAGCACAGAGUGGAUCAAGAUUGCCCGCAGACUGUCGUAUCCAAUGGUUGUUCGGGGACGCUCACCCGGCCACUACAAAGACGGCCGACGAGAUAGCUCGACGAGUAUGGGACCUGACGGAGGAAGCGGGGGAGCGGGGGAUGGAGGCGGAGGGGCUGUCCUGCCUCCGGGACUCGGACAAACCUCACGCUCCCAUAUCACCCUCAUGCCGGACUCGUUCCAACGCGGUGGCCAUAGCUACAGCAGGUCUGAUUACCAUCAAAUGACAACGGCAGACCACUCACCCCUCAGUGCAAGUCCACACAUUUCAUCCUCCUCGUCGUCUACCUUUGAUAUUGGCAUGAUGAGUGAUUCGCUAGAUCCAAUGGACUCAAUAAAAAGUACCUCUAGUAUUGAGCCAUAUCAGGAGUCAGGCUAUGGCAUGAUGGACAUUCGAAAGGAUAACCACUUUCGCAAUCACCCGCCGCAUUACGAGUUCGAUGCUAUAUCUAAGGCGAACGAACAUCCGGAUACCAGCUUCUCUGAAGCAUACGACCCGAUUGUAUCUAUGGUAGCCAACGACUCUGGGGACUCCCAUUUUCUUAAGCAUCCUCCGCGCUAUCAUCACGCGAGCCCGAACGGUUACGACACUAUUUACCCUGCCCGAUCAGGAAACGGCAGCAGUGGGAGCAGCCCGUAUUAUCGGCUUCCAGCGUCGCAGAGCCUCUGCACCUGA